CUGUAAAGCUAAGUGCUUGUUUUUUACAUGGUCCCUUAUUUUAUUUUAACAGGAAAAGAGAACGGAAAUGUGUGGAGAUUCAUUUUCAGGGAUGCAAAUCAUUUUGGGCUUGUUAAGAGCUACAACAUGCCAUGCACAAUAGAAUCAGCUUCAUUGGAACCAAAGUACGGGAAUAAGUUCAUUGCUGGGGGAGAAGAUAUGUGGAUUCGUGUUUUUGAUUUCCACACUGGUGAUGAGAUAGCAUGCAAUAAAGGCCACCACGGUCCUGUACACUGUGUGCGCUUUUCACCGGGAGGAGAAUCAUAUGCCUGAGGAUCCGAGGAUGGAACCAUUAGAAUAUCUCAGACAGGCCCUUUGACUCAUGAUGAUACUGAAGCCGUAUCAGCAAAUGGUUCACUUGGAAAGGUUAAGGUAACUGCAGAAGAGGUUUCUCGUAAGAUCGAAGGCUUCCAUAUCACAGAUGAGGGGAAUAAAGAGAAAGAAGAAGCAGGAAAUGAGUGAUAAGGCCGAUAAUAUUUGUCACCCUUUUGCCUAGCAUAAUGUUCAAAUAUCUUAGAUAAUUAAAUAGAGACUAAACCAGAAUUUUUUGUUAAUGAUGCAUUAAGUAGAUAUAUUCUGGACCAAAUGUUGUGUACAAGUUCUUAUUGCCUCUGAAAUUGAAUUAUGGACCUUCUUGUCAAUUAAAGUGCAAUGUGUUUAAUGAAAUUGAUUAAAAUGAUAUGGAAGUUUUUGU